GGGUCUGCAUGCUCCAGCGAUGGACUCGGCCGUGCUAGUGAACGAGUCCUGGCCCAACGCCUCGCUCCCUUCCUCCUCCUCCUCCACUAGCCCCUUCUCUGGCCUGGACCUCCUGUUCCACCUCAAGCCCCUCUUCAUCCCCCUGUAUGCCCUGCUGGUGCUGGUGGCCUGCACGGGGAACCUGCUCCUCAUCCUUCUCAUCGCGCUCACCAAGAAGCUGCACAGCACCACCAACUUCCUCAUCGGGAACCUGGCGGCAGCCGACCUGGUCAUGUGUCUGUUCUGCGUGCCGCUCACCGCGACCUACGCCUUCGAGCCGCGCGGCUGGCUCUUCGGCAGCUUCACGUGCCACUUCGUCGGGCUCAUGCAGGCUGCCACGGUGCUGGUGGCGGUCCUCUCACUCACUGCCAUCGCGGUCGACCGCUACGUUGUCGUGGCGUACCCAAUCCGCAGGAGGGCUGGCCGUCGCCACUGCCUCUACCUGGUGGGGGCCAUCUGGCUGGUUUCCCUGGUUCUCUCGACCCCCACCUCCCUCCAUACCACCCACCUGGACCUGAGAGCAGCGGGGCACGACAUGGCCAUCUGCGAGGAGUUCUGGCAGGACCAGGAGAGGGAGCGGCUCGUCUACUCCUGCUCCCUGCUCCUGCUCUCCUACCUCAUCCCCCUCUCGGCCAUCUCCAUCUCUUACUGCGCCAUCACUCGCCACCUCCGGAAGAGGAGCGUCCCCGGAGCAGCCCCUUCCUCGAACCAGGAGCGCUGGGCCCGCAAGAAGCACAAGACCUUCCGGCUCCUGCUGGUCUCCGUGCUCUCCUUCGCCCUGUGCUGGCUGCCCUUGCAGGUGGUCAACCUGAUCGUGGACCUGGACGCGGACUUCACCAUCCUGGAUAAGAGCUACGUCAAUGUGGUACAGGUCUCCUGCCACCUGGUGGCCAUGAGCUCCGCCUGCUACAACCCCUUCAUCUACGCCUCGCUCCACGAGAAGUUCAGCUUCCACCUGGGCAGGUACUUCUCUCGGGGGCACCAGGGCAGCACGCAGAGCCGGGGGGGCAGGGGCAGCAGUACUCUCACGCACACCCACACCCUGACCUCCCAUCGAAUCCCCCAGAUACACACCUGCUUCACCAUGGAGGACAUCCCCACCGACAAGCUGGUGCUGGAGAGGCGCUUCUCCUUCCACUAGCCAGAGACUUUCAGGCCAUCUCUGGGGUGUCAUUGAGAAACAUGUGGACUGCGCCCCUCUCUAAAUUGAUAAAGUGGGAAGGAUCUCUCUUAGUGGUCCCAUUAAAAAGAAUGUUUACCUUGCAGAGGACAUGGCGCUGGUUACAGCAGGCCUUUAGGAUUUCAUUGGGAUAACAGCACGGCACGCCAGCCUGUUGCUGGAUGCCUGAUUCCGGUUGAUGGCAGUGGCACUGACUUUCUUCCUUCCAGAAAAAGGAAAGACCAUGUGAUAGUUGUAAUCUGAGGAGGCCUCAUCAGUCUAGUGUUCUUGGAGAGAAGUGUCUCUCUCAUUACAACACAAACCUCAACCCCCUCUGGGAUUUUAUCCAGCGCAGUUUGUGCUUGCAAAUGCAACGCUCCUGAUGGAGUGUGCCAGGGCCACGUGAUUCCCAGAUUCCAUGAGCAUCGCAUCAGCCUGGAUGGCACUGGUUCUAUGAGACUGCAAGUCUGCCAGGUCGUUGAUCUGAACAGUGACACGUGGCCAUCCCUUAAACCCUCCAUACUGGAGAAAAUCUGCAUCCUCCAGACUGCUUGUCGUGAAAUACAAGUCAUUAGAAAAUGGCAAAAUCUGAGGGAGCAAUCUCAUUGGCCAACCAGUGCAACUGUGUCACCCCACCAGGACAGCGUGUAACUUUUAGAACCAUUCGGCUGAUUCACUUGAUGACCAAUUCACUUUGGGAGGAGUGAAGCUAGGUGAAAGCGUGGUAAAGCAUAGGGAAGCAUUGUAAAGCCUAGAGGUAUGAUAAAGCAGAUUAGAAGACAUGUUAAUCUAUGGUAAAUGCAUAGCCACUGGGAAAGCAAAGGGUUAACUGCUCAAUGAGUGAGCGUCUAUACCCAGGUAAACUCCAUAUCAAAUCCACAACCUGGAACAAAGUUAUGGUCCAGAUCAUUUCAGUUGGUUGUAUUUGUUUUUAACAAUGUAAUUCAGUUCAGUGUAGCUACGUUUAGUUCAUGUGCCUGUAUUUUGAAAUGUGUCUCAGACACACAUGGGAGCGCUCCCUUUAAGAGCAGUCAGUGACUACCGAUACACGAUCAAUGUUAAUGUAAUUGAUCAGCCCAGUGUUGUUCACAGUGCUUGAUAAUCUAUAGAAGAACGCUGCGCUAUUACUGUAAUGUAUUUUAAUAAAUGUCUGUUCAGCGUACACUCUUACUAAACUAGAUUGUGAUGUUUGCAGCGUGUUUUGAUAGUUUUCUGCUCACUGCUCAGUGCUUUGUGUGACUUUUUGAGUUUGUGUUGUGAGCCCUGUGUUGAGUGAUCCUCUGGAAGCAUGCAAACGAGCACUGUAGAACUGGUUUCAACUCCUGUGUAAAAAUACAGAAUAAACAUCAUGUUUUAAUCUAGAUGAUUGUUUCCAAGCUGUUUUGUUAUAUUUAUUUAAAAUGAAAGGCAUACCGUCUGCCUAUCAUAGAGGUUGCUAACACUUGUGUGGUCAGGGAAAUAUCACACCACACAGCGUCUCAGCAAUCUGACUAAGAGCCUGUCCUGCACACCACACAGCGUCUCAGCAAUCUGAUUAAGAGCCUGUCCUGCACACCACACAGCGUCUCAGCAAUCUGAUUAAGAGCCUGUCCUGCACACCACACAGCGUCUCAGCAAUCUGAUUAAGAGCCUGUCCUGCACACCACACAGCGUCUCAGCAAACUGAUUAAGAGCCUGUCCUGCACACCACACAGCGUCUCAGCAC